GGUUGCCUCUUUACUGAGAGUGAUGGUCAUCUGCCAGCAAUACUGGGCUGCUCAUUUGGCAAUGGAAAAGGUGGUGCACAAGCUGGAGCUGCACGGGCAGCAGCCAACGCCACUUGCGGAUCAGGUCACUAGUCAACCGUCUUUGCUGGAGAAUGUUACGCUACACGAUUAUCAACUGAUAGGGCUACAGUGGCUGCUGCGCAAGCAUGAGCAAGGGCUGAACCCCAUUUUGGGGGACGAAAUGGGAUUGGGAAAGACCCUGCAAGUCAUCUCGUUCAUCGCGACUCUAGUCACCUCUGACCGGGAGCAAAAGAAAGCCGAAGGAGGUCGGUACUUGGUCGUCGCACCACUAAGCGUGCUGCCCAAUUGGAUGGAGCAGCUCGAGCAGUUCGCACCCAGCAUUUCGACAGUCAUGUACAUUGGCCCCGCUAAAGAUCGGGAGGAGACGCAAAAAGUCAUUGAGGCCAGUCCAGUGGAUCAACCGCUGGUGGUCGUGACGUCCUAUGAGAUGUUAUUAUAUGACCAUGAGUUCUUCCGCAAGGCACUGUGGGAGGUAGCGAUUAUGGACGAAGGACACCGACUGAAGAACCCAAAGGGCCAACUCCAUGGAGUCGUCUCGACCAAACUGCGGUCAAAGCACAUGGUAAUACUCACGGGUACUCCCAUUCAGAACGGUCUGCAAGAGCUCUUUGCGUUGCUGUCGAUUCUGAAUCCGAGUGUCUUCAAUAACCAGAAGCUGUUCGAAGCCACGUUCAGAGACUAUUUUUCAGCCAAGGCACAGCGACUUGAUGAGGAUCGACAGUCCAAGUCGAAGCGGGUGAGCAAAGCGGAAGAGCUGAUGCGUAGACUACUGGCUCCACUACUGCUGCUACGUACGGUGCAGGAUGUUCAGGGAGCAUUCACGUUACCGCCGCUGUCCGAAAUGGUGGUGCAUACACCCAUGUCGGCGAUGCAGCGUGCAUACUACAAGGAAGUAAUUGCGAGAAAUGCUGAGGUCCUGAAUAGCGCAGCGAAAGCUGCAAGGAAUAGGAUUCCGUUGCUAAAUAUUUUACCGCAAUUGCGAAAAGCGUGCAACCACCCGUACCUAUUUCCUGGAGCAGAACCGGAGCCAUUUGUGGAAGGAAGUCAUUUGUACGAAAACAGUGGCAAGCUCUUUGUCCUGCAUCAAAUUUUGCCGCGAUUGAAACGAAAGGGUCACCGGGUGCUGUUGUUUAGCCAGUCCCCACCUUUCCUGGAUAUUAUUCAGGAUUUUCUCACACUUGAGAGCUUCGCAUACGAGCGGAUCGACGGGUCUGUACGUGGCAAAGAGCGUUGGCAGUGCAUCGAACGCUUCAAGAAGGACCCAGAGACUUUCGUCUUUCUGAUCUCCACACGAGCUGGAGGUUUGGGACUGAAUUUACAGAGCGCAGACACGGUCAUUUUUGCAGACUCGGAUUACAACCCGCAAACGGAUCUCCAGGCGAUAGCGCGUGCGUAUCGACUCGGUCAAACCAAACCUAUCCAUGUGAUCAAAUUUUUGUGCGCAAACACAGUCGAAGAGAGCAUAUACCGGCGCACUCUGAAGAAAAUGCGCAUGGCCGAUCGCAUUCGUAACCUUGCGCGCCGAAGUGAAGACGAGGACGACGAAACUGAUGACGAUAGUAACAAGAGUUUGUUGGAUAUGAUCCAGUUUGGAUUACACCGCCUGAUGCAAGAGGCUGCCGGGGAGGAUGAAGACUCACUGAUGAAGCCUCUGGAGGAGGAAUACAUUGAACAUAUUCUUACCCGGAAAUCACUCCAUCCAAUUGAAAAGAUUAUUGGGGGGUCCGACGAUAAGACAGGAUCAACUUUGAUGAGCGACAAACUGCUAGAGUCAGGCGGAGAUUUUCAAGAGGAAAACAUGUACUACUUUGAAGGAGAAGACUACAAAAAGACCGUGAAUAACAAGGCACAAGAUGCAGAGUUGCUCGAGAAAUUAUGCAAAGAAGCCGCAACAAGUACAAAGCGGCAGACAAAGACAGCACGUAAGCGAUAUGAACAAGAAGACGAAGAGGAAGACGAGGAAGAUGAGGAGAGGGCAAUUGAGAAUGAAGCGGAGCAAGCUCGAAAACGAGAGGAACGGCGUCAAAAAGCGCUGGAAAGGAAACUUGCUCAGUGGAAAGCUAACAAGUACACAUCGGCAGCUAUCGAUCCAGCAGACGGCUGUGUGCCAUCAUCACCGCGUAGUUCUGACGGCUACGACUCCUCCAGAAGCCCGGGGCGGCUGUACUACCAGUCCGGCGAUGCCAGCCAUCCUCCUCUUACGAGUUUACGUUCAAGCCCCUACAUUGUUGUUCAUUGCGUUGACAACAGCGGUGUUUGGUGUUCGCGUGGAUUCUUUCGCAGCCUGUCGGCGCUCUCAUCUGCUAUCCAAAAGCAGUAUGAAGCGGCUGGACGCAACAGUGACCUCAAGCUUGGCAGCGCCCAUUUGAUUCGACUACCAGAGACUGACAACAACGCGCCAAACGACGGAUAUGUGUGCUUACUCGUUGUACAGGGAUUCGUUGGGAAGAAGAAGCAGCGCGUGGGAAACGGACCCGGCGUGAUACAAGUUAUUCGCCAGGGCAAGUCGUCGACCUUUCGGCUCAAUGCACUGGAGACUGCGCUGCAGGCUUUAGCGUAUCGUGCACUCGAGUUGGGGGCCACAGUUCAUCUACCCCGUAUUGGCUAUGGAACUCCGAAUUUCAAUUGGUAUGCUGUUGAGCGUUUGCUGGCACGCAAUCUUCGGGACGUGGGUGUUGAAGCAACCAUUUACUAUUAUUCACGAAAAAGUUAGUUUGUCAAAUCUCAGCAAGAACAUACAACUUAACCAACGGAACAAGCUUAACACUGCGCUCAUGAUCACAUGUAGUGCGUCUCGAAGUCGGGGAAGCCAUCAGCUAUAUCGUUCUGAGGUUCUAUCCCGAUUGCACUGAGGAUAGCCGUAAGUAACCCUCUUUUAUUCUUCAGUGUCUCGAUCUUGUCCUUAAUAUCAUCAAUGUCGCGUUCUAGUUGUCCGAUGUCAUCGUUCAGCACCGUUAAUUGGUCGAGCGUAUAGUGCUCCUUUGAUCUGUUAGUCGUGGUUGCGGCCAAGUCCGGGCUCUUCUCUUCCCAUUGCGACUUCAGUAGCUGCAGUUCUACAUCCAGGUUUGCAGAUUUGUUCAUAGUCUCGCGAAGUUGGAUUCGAGUCUUAAAUUCAC